GCUCAAGCCGACCGCCACGAGUGCGCUAUUCUCCCUAGUUCUUCAUCGUCAGCAUGCUUUACCACUUGAGACCCAACACCCAGUAUGUCUAACCCGCUGGGCUACACCAUCAGUUGGAUUUGCGCCAUCACUUUCCUUGACUCGGUACACGACCCGCCCGAGCAUGUUGCUCCCCACGAUAGCAACGAGUAUACACUGGGCCAAAUGGGCAAACACAACGUGGUGAUUGCUGUCCUAUCGGACGGUGAAUAUGGCUUAUCGACAGCAUCUGCGGUCGCCAAGGGCAUGCUGAACUCCUUCCCUGAUGUUCGCGUGGGAUUCAUGGUUGGGAUUGCGGGCGGAGCACCGACGCGUAGUCCUGGCUGCGAUAUUCGCUUAGGGGACAUUGUGGUCAGUUCUCCUCGCGACGGACAUGGUGGUGUGUUCCAAUAUGAUUUUGGCAAGUUGGUACAAGGCCAAUCGUUCAAGCCAACUCGGAUCCUCAACCAGCCACCUGAUGUUCUCAGAGCUGCUGUAGCUGGUCUCAAGGCCGAGUUUGAAGAGAGAGAAACAGACAGGCUCUUUUUGAGUCACGUCACCUUGAACCCGAAUGAUCCCAUUGAGAACCCUGGGCCGGAAUUGGUAGUUUCCCGAAAGCUGAGGACAUCUGAUGAAGAUAACCCAGCAGUGUUUUAUGGGUUGAUUGCAUCAGCAAAUCAACUCAUGAAAGACGCAAAUAUGAGAGACCAGCUUGCAACCGACAAGGGGGCUUUGUGCUUCGAGAUGGAGGCUGCCGGGCUAAUGAACCAUUUUCCGUGUCUAGGUUAUGCAGCUAUGACGGCUGCUGCGUACGCAAAGGCGUUGGUGUGCCGAGUUCAGCGAACUAGACUUGAAAACGAGCCCAAGUUGACAAUUCUUACUUCCCAGAUGCAAAAGGUUAAACAGGAUGUUGCUCAAGUCAAAAACCAAAUGGAAAAUCAAAUGGGAAAUCAAAUGGACAGCCGCGUCUUGGACAGGCUAUCGGUUGCCGAGGAAGCCGAGUAUGACUCCCACUUCAAUCAGCACGAACCCAAAUACCAUCCGGAAACACGGGUUAGCUUUUUGAAGGAAAUUGAAACAUGGGCGAAAGACCGAAGAGACCAACGUGUGUACUGGCUUAUCGGAUCCGCCGGUAUCGGAAAGUCGACCAUCUCACGGACAGCUGCCAAGAAUUUCACCGAAGAAAAGCUGCUCGCUGCUACGUUCUUCUUCAAAAGAGUCGUGGCGUCUUGUAGCACGGCAUCUUUUCUAUUCAGCCCAGUUGCUCGUCAGCUGGCCCAGCAGUUCAUUUUGAAGGCCAUCGCAAAGGCGGAAAACAUAUCCUCCAAGGGCAUCGCAGUCCAGUUCAACAAUCUCAUUCUGAACCCACUGGAAAGAGCCUACGCAGAAAUUGCCUUCGGAAAACUGUACAAGACGCGGCCAGAGACACUGAUUUUGGUUCUCGAUGCACUAGACGAGUGCUCGGUAGACGAAGAUAUCGAAGUAUUCGUCCCGCUGCUUGCCAAGCUUGCAUCUUCAAAGGCGUGCAGCCUCAAAGUCUUCGUGACUAGCAGGCCAGAGGUGGCUAUACGCUACGCGUGGGAACCAAUUAAAGAACUUUUACGAGUUAAACUUCACGAAAUAGAGCCAGAUUUCGUGUCUCAAGACAUCAUGCAGCUAGAAGCCGCAUGGCCGGGCACCCGGAAGUUGCAAGCACUAGCUGACAUGGCCGAUCGUCUAUUCAUCUUUGCGGCGACCACUUGCCGUUUUAUCGCAGACUCCCUCUAUAGUCCAGAGAAACAACUAUCCCGUGUCCUCAAAGCUGCGAUGGAAAGCGGUAUUAACGACCGAUUGACUCCAACAUAUCUCCCGGUUCUAUGGCAAUUCAAGGCGGGUAGAAGCAAGCGAGAAGCAGAUGUCCUACUCGAAAGGUUCCGCAGAGUGGUUGGCACGCUCGUUCUCCUCGAGAAACCAUUGCCAGUUGCCUCAAUAGCAGGCUUGUUGGCGACCGACGAGACAGAUGUCGAUCGCAUCUUGGAUUACCUCAGGUCAGUGAUUGAUGUUCCUGAGGACAGGAGAUCAGCAGUAAAGCCUUUCCAUCUCUCUUUUCGCGAUUUUCUACUGGGUCAGAAGGCAGGAGACUUCGCAUUAGACACACAUCAAAAGAUCGCGCUCGAUUGUCUGGACUUGCUCACAAAAAAGCAACCUUUGAGCUACAACAUGUUUCCUCCUCCUCCGUAG